GGAGAGUAAAUGAAUGAGUUUGCUUUCUUUCACUCUGAUGCUGUGAUCAGAUCCAGUCCACCAUGGCAUCCCCAAGGCUUGAGACUUUCUGCUGUCCCAACAGAGACAAGUCAACCCAAUUUGUUUUAAACUUUCAGCCACGCUUCUUCAGUGCAAUCUGCAUUGGCAGCGCUAGUGUGAGCCUCAUAUUUGCUAUCCUGCAGAUUUUGCCCAAAAGAAGAGGGUAUAGGAGACUGGGGCAGUAUCCUCUGCCGAAGCCAGCAUCCUCGUCUCGGAUUCUUCUCAUCAUCAGUCUCUGUGAUAUCCUGGGAUGCGCAGGGAUACUUCUCAGAUCUUCUGUAUGGCUUGGCUCCCCAAACUUCAUUGCAAAAAUGUCAGUCAUCAAUAGCACUGAAGUAUGGCCAACAGCUUUCUGUGUGGGUAGUGCGAUGUGGAUCCAGUUAUUUUACAGUGCCUCCUUCUGGUGGACGUUCUGCUAUGCAGUGGACGUAUACCUAGUUGUUAAAAGAUCAGCUGGACAAAGCACUAUUGUAUUGUACCACAUGAUAACCUGGGGUCUGGCUGUUCUACUCUGUGUGGAAGGAGUGGCUAUGCUCUACUACCCUUCAAUUUCAAGCUGUGAAAAUGGACUGGAACACGCAGUGCCUCAUUACAUCACCACCUAUGCUCCCAUUCUUCUAGUUCUGAUUGUUAAUCCGAUCCUGUUUGGCAGAACUGGAACAGCCGUUACAUCACUGCUGAAGGGAAGACAAGGAAUUUACACAGAAAAUGAAAGACGUCUGGGAACAGAGAUUAAAAUCCGAUUUUUCAAGAUUAUGAUUGUUUUUCUUAUUUGUUGGCUUCCAAAUAUUAUCAACGAGAGCCUUUUGUUCUAUCUGGAAAUGCAGGACGAUAUCAAAGGGAGCCCCCUUAAAAAUGUCAGGAAUGCAAUCUUGAUUACAUGGUUUAUAAUGGGUCUCCUCAAUCCAAUGCAGGGAUUUCUCAACACACUUGCUUUUCAUGGCUGGACUGGAUGGGAUAUUGAUCUCAACAUUCAGAGCCGGAGGGAAAUACCCUGGGAUUCAGGCUCCACUUCAGGUGCUGCUGCAGAUGUCUACAACCCCACUGUCAGCUCUUCACUUAACUACCAGGGUUUUGUCCAAGAUGCCAAGAAAACCAUGAACGGGAAUGGCCUGCAGCACUCGGAUGCCAUAAGCGUCCUCUCUGAAGGUUCAGAGUCUAGUACAAUUGAAAUCCACAUUUCAAGUGAGCUCCAUGACUUAGAAGGUAUAGAUGCUGAUGGUGAAUCUGUGGAAAACUGAGGAACAUCAGCUGGUGAGAUGAACCACCCAACCCAUUACAGAAUCUCUGGAAUCACUGGAUCGAACUCAAUUUGCUUAUUCACGUGUGUCUACAAUUCCAUAAUAAAAGCCCCAUUCCACCCUCUUGUCAAGCUGACAUUAAUCAAACAUCUUUGUAUAAAGAAUGCAUAUUAUGUUUAAACCAGUGUACUAAAUGCAGUGUCAUCAAAAGACAGCUCUAUUAUGAAAGAACCAAGGAUGUGUUCAAUCUAAUACGAGUAUUAAAAAGAAUGUUGAUAUUUCCCUAAUUCUAUCAGACUGACUGAACAAAGCCCUACAUUGGCUAAAUCUCUGGUAAUUGGAGACAGAUAUGUUGUGCAACUGAAUAUGCUAUUCAACUGAAUUCAGUUUUCUGUUGUUUAAACAUUUAAAUUGCAGACCCACUGAGGUCUACAAUUGAAAUGUUAUAAUCUAUCAGAUGUAGCAAGGCACAUACAUGUUGGUUUCUGACAUGUUGGUUUGUGACAUAUUUUUUCUUCCUAUAAGCUACCUGAUACUUAAUGAAAAAAAAAAAAAUAUAUAUAUUUAAAACAAUCAUAGCAAUCUUCAUGCCAAGACAUAAAAUAAGGGUUUAAAAAUAUAAUGACAUUUUUGCUUAACAGUUUAUCCACGUAGCUUUCCAGAACAGCUCAUCUUAAAGUAUGUAUUGGUUUUAAUAACACAUUAGGCGCUAGAAAAUUCAGCAGCAUUGCCAUCAUUCUUGUGCUAAUACUAAUUUGUUAGAUAAAGUUAAGGUUACAAAUCUAGUUGCGAUAUUCUAUUAUCUUGGCAGUCCACUAUUCCUAGUUUUACUCAUUCUCAUGCUAUGCAUUACUUUGUUUAAUCUUAUAGUGCCCAAGAAAAUGCUGAAACAAUGGCGAAUGCAUCUCAAACUGUUUUGCCAUGCAAUGCUGGUUUCUGUGCUGAAUCAUGUGAUUACAAUGUGUGUUGCCAUCGGUUUUUCUCCCAAAAUGAAGGAAUAAAAGUGCUAUAACCAUUUUCACCAGUAGAUGGCAGUGCUGUGUUUAAAAUCACUUUCUACUACACUUACUAAUUUAAAAUGGUGUGAAUUUAUGAAAAGGGUGCAUGGCAACGUGCAUCAAAAAUAAACCUACUUAUUUAAAUUCUGAAAUUUAUUAGUCAGGUAAUAACGCUUGCUUGGGUUUGAAAACUCAAAGACUGCUCUAGACAAUGGGUGAGACCUGAAAUUAACCAGAAUUAAUUAAUUACAAUAAAUACAAAGAAAUAUUUAGCCGAAAGCAAUUGCACAAACAAUAAGAAACACAGACACAAGUGUUUUCUAAUAUCAAAAUAGAGCAAUUUAUUUGAGACAAUGAAUAUGACUUUCCAUUUCUUGAAACAAAUGAGCUACUCUACACAGGGUGAAGUAGAGAAAACAAAUGGUCAAAGGAUCUGUUCUAAACUGGAUCCGGCUGUUAGUCUGACACAGACAAUAAAAAACAGCAGAAGCCAGAAAAAUAUAAUUUCAUUGAGUGAAUAAAUGCAUGAGUGAAUGAAUGAUUGAAUGUUUGAGCAAUGUUCUUUUUUAUAUAUAUAUACAAAGAUGAAACACAGCAGAUCCUAACAGCUGAGAAAGUGCACUUUACAUGGAUCUAAAAUUAGCUUAAUCCAAACAAUGCAAAGAUUGGACAAGUGUUUAAAGAUGCAGUAUCCCUUUAUUAAACAGAACAUUGAAAUAAAAAAAAAAAUAAAAAACUACCCCCACCCCUUUAGAGAGGAGGAAAAAAGUAA